AUGCGCGGUGAGAUCGACUGCAAGGCACCGGGCCUUCAGCUUCUGAGACACAAAGCGUUGGAGAAGCUGCAGUCAUGGCCUAGUCACGAGUUUCUGCAUAUGAAGCGAGAGUGGAAUCAGAGCGCAGAUCGACUAGCCAGCACAGCAUUGCAGAGCGAAAAGGGAAGAACGGUUGUAGCUGAAGAGGAUCGGCAAGAUCUGAUGACUCUGAACCGUCUCGAUGAAUUGUUGAAGCCCAAGCAAGAUGGUCAGCUAGCUCGGGUAACUGCGAUCGCGAGAUCAGCCAGGAGGAUACGUCAUGAACCUGAAGUGAUACAGGAGGAGAUAGUACAGAGGAUCAGGAUUCAACGAAUUGUCCAAGCUCAAGAUGAAGAGCGUUGGAUUGUCAAUCUCAAGACAUAUCUAAGUGGCGAUGUAUCAAACUUGGAUGCGGUAGAAGUGAAGAUGUGCGCCAAACUGGCGCCGGAAUACGAGAUCGAUGAGAACAAUCUGCUAUUUUUUUGCCCCAUGGCGAAAAGAGAGUCGGAAGAUCGCGAUGGUUUGAUGCGGUUGGUGAUCCCUGAGACGUUGCAGCAGGAUUUUUUGCAUCACUAUCACACGAGUCUGGAAGGAGGCCAUCAGGGUAUUGGCCGAACCUAUCAGAGGAUCAGAUCGCGAUUUCAUUGGAGAGGACUGUAUCGGAGCGUUCAACGAUAUGUGGGCGAAUGUACCGACUGUGAGACCGGGAAAGGAAACCCGAUGAUUCAUGGGAAAUCCCCGGGCAAUCUACACGCAACCUAUCCAUUCCAGAUCAUCGCCAUGGAUCAUAUACCGUCGUUGCCCAAGUCCAUCAAGGGGAACACCGAACUGCUCAUUUGGGUCGACCUUUUCUCGGGAUAUGUGAUUGCAAAGGCUAGCUCCUCUCGGACGGCACAAACAAUAGCGGAGAAUUACGAAGAAUGUGUGUUUCGACGCUUCGGAGCUAGCGAGGCUAUCAGGCACGAUCGAGAACCGGGAUUUAUGUCCGACUUCUUUCGAGCCUUCAGUCGGAUCGUAGGACAAAAACAGCGUGCUACUAUGGCUUACAGGCCACAAGCAAAUGGAACAGCCGAACGAAUGGUGCAAACCCUGACACAUUCGCUCAAGAUGUACGUGGCUGAAGUUGACCAGCGAGACUGGGAUGAGUAUGCUGAGCGGCUCACAUUUGCCAUUAACACUGCACAAGAUCGGAUCCGGGGGAUACCCCGUUUUAUCUGA